CUAGUUAUACUAAAGUGAAACUCUAUGAGCACACACUGCCCCAUAGAGUUUCUAUAUACUAAUAUGAAACUCUAUGACACUACCCAUAUCCUUUCCCCAUUCCAUACACCAUAACUAUCAGCCAAGUCGAUCCGAUACCAGCCAACUUCAAUGGCGGACAUUGCAAAAGACGCGAGUGCCGGGGACCCGUUUAAGUGUCUGCUUGGCGAAAUCACCGAAGACCAGUGGGAGGUUUACAAGGCACUCAGGAAAAAUCAAAGUGGCCUUGUACAAGACGACGAUUCCUCCUUGGCCAGCAGCGAUGACAACGAUGCCCUUCAGGAUGCAGUGCAGGAGAAGAAUGCACAGGAUGCUGAGGAGUUGCGUUCCAUGCUCACCACCAAGUACAUCAAUGGGGAGAUCAGCUUUGCAGAGUUCACCGACCGUAUGGACUCUUCCUUGACACCAAAGGAAGAACACUGUGAACAAGCUGAUGAAGAACUUGAUGAUGCCUUCCUUAGGCCAAGCCAUCGGAAAGGCAGGGGGAGCCGCCUUCCACGAGACCUGCAGGGCCUGGUGGGUCAGGCCAACCUGUGCUUUGCAAGGGGAAGCUACCACGAUGCAGUCAAAAUGUGCAUGGAGGUGGUGCGCCUGGCUCCGCGGGCGGCUGAGCCCUUCCAGACGCUGGGCAUGAUCUACGAAGCGCUGGGGGAGCCGCAGCGGGCGUUGCAGUUCUCGCUCAUCGGAGCCUACCUGAGCCCCCAGGAUGCUGAUGAGUGGAGCCGGCUGGGCGAGCUCUCGCUCGAGCAGGGCGACGUGCACCAGGCCAUCGCUUGCUACGUCCAGGCGGUGCGUGCGGACCCUUCCAAUGUGGAGCUGCGCUUCGAGCUGUGCUCCCUGUACGAACAGGUCGGCAACCAACAGAGGGCACUUGCAUGCUGCACGGCCUUGGUACAGCAGAUGGGCCACGGGGAUGCCUGCCUCAAGCUCUCCCGUGAGCUGGCCAAGGUGCAUCACCAGAGGGGAAACCUGGCUGCAGCCACUCAGGUGCUUCUCAACGCCAUCAAGAAAUUCCCUGCCGACGUUUCCUCCGAAGACAUCAACAUGCUGUUGGAGCUGCAGCUGACCCAGAAGAUGUACUCAGCUGCAUUGAUGGUCCUGCACAGCCAUUGUGGGGUGCAGCUACUGCCCGGAGGAUGCGAGGGGACCGGCUGGGAGCAGCUUGUGGAGCCCUUGGCCUCCUUUGAGAGGUGUGAGGUGCCAGCAGAGAUGCCCGUGGACUUGCGUACCAAGCUGGUUCUGUGCCUGGUGCACCUGGGAGGAGGCGAGCACUUGACAGGUGACCUGGUGGACCAGCUGCGGCGAGACCAGGACCCGGAGGAGGCCGGCGACCUCUUCCUCGACGUGGCCGAGGCACUGAUGGAUGUGGGACGCCCCCACGAGGCUCUGCCCUUGCUGCAUGCACUGGUGGGCACGCAGAACUAUGGAAUGGCGGCGGUGUGGCUGCGUUACGGGGAGUGCCUGCAGCAGUUGGGGCGCCUGCGGGAGGCAACCGGAGCAUACGAGCGCACGUGCGAGCUGGCACCCGGGCAUGCCCAGGCACGCCUGGCCCUGUGCCAGCUGCUGUUGGCCCAGGGGCUCACGGAUCGAGCCAUUGCCUGCCUCGAGUCGGCCGAUGCCCCCCAGCCAGGAGCCAUGGCAGAUGCUGACCAGCAGGAUGCAGCGUGCGUGCUGCUGCGCCGAGCGCAGCUGCUGCGGCAGUCGGGACGGCAGCAGGCCUUCAUCGAGACUGCCCAGCUGCUACUCGAGGCCCACUGCCCGCCAAUCCAGACACCCACCGAGUAUGCAGCCAUGUUUUCAACCAGCACCUACCGGGGUCGCACGGAGGCUUUGCGAGAACUGCACCAGCAGCGCAGCUUCAGCCCAUUCAACUGGCUCACAGCGGACAGCGGCGUCUCGGUGAAUGAGCUGUACCAGUGCUUUUACGAGCUGUGCCUGGCACUUCACAGUACUGGGCGCACGGAGGAGUUGCAGCAGGCGACCACCGAGGCACUCGUGUCACCCCUGCUCAAUCGAGAAGCGCAGCUGUACAAGGAGCUGGACUUCCUGUGCUUCCAGGCCCACUACCAGGACCCAAGGCAGGAAGAGCAUACUUUCUCCAUGGCCCGCUUACUGGUGCUCAAGUACCCCACUUACAACCGUGCCUGGAACCUGUUUGGACUGGCGAUGAACCUGAGCCCAGUGAUGCGGCAGAAUCGCUUCUGCCUGCGGCUGUUGUACAAGUACCCAGAUAGUGUGCCCCUGGGAAUGCUCAACGGCCACAACGCCCUGGUCUCGGGUACUUACAAGCAUGCCUUAGCGGAGUAUGUGCAGCUGCUGAGCGAGGACGAGGACCCCCUGCUGCUGCUCUGUGCUGGCCUGACCCUGGUGCACAUGGGCUGCCAGAAGUUCUCGGCUCGUCGCCACUGGCUGCUGCUGCAGGCCAUGAGCUUCCUCGACAGGUACCUGCAUGCACGGCCCAGCCAGGAGGCCCUGUUCAACAUGGGUCGUGCACUCCACCAGCUGGGCUUCCCACACAUGGCUCUCAACAUGUACCAGCGCGCACUGGCCACACCACCAGCAGUGCAGGGCAUGCCAGAGGUGUUUGACCUGCGAUGCGAGAUAGCCUUCAACAUGAGCCUGUUAUACCUGAACAGUGGCAACACUGAGCUUGCCAGCAGCAUCGUCGCCCAACACUGCAUCAUCUGACAUGUGUUGUUGUCAUGUCAUCAACGUCGAGCCAUUGCUGCCUGUGGACAGCAGCAGGCUGCAAUCUGUAAAGAAGAUUGCAUUUGCUCAGCUGCAUUGCUUCAGGACCAAACACCUGCAUCUCAUUUAUGGGCCACUCUAGGAGAAACAUGUUAGUUUGUAUACUACUUUUCUUUAUUGUUUUUUUACUGUUGGUGCAGCAGUUAUUUGAUUUUUGACAGUCAUAUUAGGUGAAUAAGUUUUUCUAAUACAGUCGACUUGUGUUAAACUUGAUAAAAUUAUCCAAUGGUUGAAAACCAAAACACAAUGCUGCUUAUUUGGCAGUAUUCGGUCAAAUAAUUGGCAUCUAACACACACCAAGCCUCAGAUUUAAAAAGCGCGUCCAGUUUUUAUUGGGUCAAAGUUAGGCUUGUACAAGUAUUUGGUACUUCGAAAUAUUCAAUUGGCUAUUAUGCUACUUGGCAUCCACUUCAGUUCAGAGUUCAGUAUUCAGAAUUUUUAAAGUACUAGUUGAAACAACUGAAUGUAAAUUUUGUACAGUGUGUAGUUUCAGUUUCGAUGAGCAAGAUGCAUUGCCAUUCACAUGGCUCAUGAUCGAGGCAAGCCAAACACAAAUAAUUUGUUUACGGUCACCGGCUGACUUGUCUGUCAUCAUUAUUCAUCUUGUACAGAAAUGUAAAUAAAUUUUUUCUUGACUUCCUGA